CGAGUGGGGUUUGAACAGGAAGGCGGACAUGUUGGCCAGGCUGCGCGAAGAGAAAAUCAGGCAUCGUCUGCUCGGCUCUUUUUCGGACACCAUCCCUCUUCAGGAUCUUAUUGAUCACUUUUUGGCCUGAACGAAAGAGCAUCUUUUUGGGGGAAGCGUAGACGAGGCGAUGACAGCGCUCGGGACGCGGCGCACGUACCGCACUUUGACGCUGUGACGACGCCGCGUUCACAGACGAAUUUGUCAGAAGCAGAAGUUUUUUCCAGCCACUUCUACUUUUGAGCUGUCACCGUCGCUCGCGUUACUUCAGCUAAACUUGGGACAUAUCUGGAAGCGGGGCUGGAUUGUAUAUAAUUUUGCAAAGACGCUUCCCGAUUGGACUUUCCGUGUAGCUUUUAAUAGUCUUUUGUUUGGAUGCUGCUGCAUUUUAAGCUCUUCUCCUGUGGCAUCCUGCGGACUAAUCUGUCGCCGCAUUUAUCUUUUGGCUGUGAAGUUCUCAAUCACACUUGGAGAAAUAUAUUUUGACACCGAUCAUGUGGCUUUUGUACAUCCAGCGUAAUCUUAAACGUUUUAUUGUUGGCGAAAACAAGGGGAGAACAAUGUAUUUUCUUUGAAGCGCAAACUUGGGAGGCAGACGGAACAUUUGGUUAGCUUCCGCAGGCUGCUAAGUAAAGCUAGCCUCGCCAGAGCUGUUUUUGCAUACAAUCGAGCAUCGGGACUGAUUUAAGCUGUAAAAAUGUCUAAUGCGGAACCCAUGGAGGCUCGGUUUGAGAAAAUCGAUGCCAUGCUGAAGGACCCGAAGUCGGAAAUCAACACGGAUUGUCUCCUGGACGGCUUGGAUGCUCUGGUGUAUGACCUGGACUUCCCUGCCCUGAGGAAAAACAAGAGCAUUGACAAUUUCUUGAAUAGAUAUAAAGACACAAUUAGUAAAAUACGGGACCUGCGCAUGAAAGCGGAGGACUAUGAAGUUGUUAAAGUCAUUGGAAGAGGAGCUUUCGGGGAGGUCCAGUUGGUCAGACACAGGGCUACAUGUAAAGUCUAUGCCAUGAAGCUCCUUAGUAAAUUUGAGAUGAUCAAGAGGUCAGACUCAGCGUUCUUCUGGGAGGAGAGGGACAUCAUGGCGUUUGCUAAUAGUUCCUGGGUAGUGCAGCUCUUUUUUGCUUUCCAAGACGACCGCUACCUCUACAUGGUGAUGGAGUACAUGCCCGGUGGAGAUCUGGUGAAUUUAAUGAGCAACUACGACGUUCCUGAGAAGUGGGCGAGGUUUUACACGGCGGAGGUGGUGCUGGCCCUGGACGGGAUUCACUCGAUGGGGUUCAUUCACAGAGAUGUCAAGCCAGAUAAUAUGUUGCUAGACAAAACAGGCCAUUUAAAACUCGCAGACUUCGGGACCUGUAUGAAAAUGAACAAGGAUGGAAUGGUACGAUGUGACACGGCGGUGGGCACUCCAGAUUACAUUUCGCCUGAGGUACUGAAAUCCCAGGGAGGAGACGGCUACUACGGCAGAGAGUGCGACUGGUGGUCCGUGGGAGUCUUCCUGUAUGAAAUGCUUGUUGGUGACACUCCGUUCUAUGCAGACUCCCUGGUCGGCACCUACAGCAAAAUCAUGAACCACAAAAAUGCCCUGACGUUUCCAGAUGACAGCGACAUCUCCAACGAUGCCAAGAAUCUGAUCUGCGCUUUUCUGACUGACAGGGAGGUUCGGUUGGGGCGCAACGGAGUGGAUGAAAUCAAGAGACACCCAUUCUUUAAGAAUGACCAGUGGACAUGGGAGAACAUAAGGGAGACGGCUGCUCCGGUCGUACCAGAGCUGAGCAGUGACAUCGACACCAGUAACUUUGACGACAUCGAAGAGGAUCGAGGGGAAGAGGAGACCUUCCCCAUCCCCAAGGCCUUCGUGGGCAACCAGCUCCCAUUCGUAGGCUUCACUUACUACAGCAGCCAGCACCUAUUACGCAGCUCCUCCAGCACUAAAACCACUGACAAACGCAGCAGCACCACGAAGGAAGACAAGAGCCAACUUGAAAACCUGCAGAAAAGGAUCUUCCAGCUGGAGGAGCAGCUGCACAGUGAGAUGCAGCUGAAGGAUGAGCUGGAGCAGAACUGCAGGACCUCAAAUACCAAGAUGGAGAAGAUCUUGAGAGAACUGGACGAGGAGAUGAACCUGAGGAAGAGUGCAGAGGGCAGCCUGUCGCUCCUGGAGAAAGAGAAGAUGAUGGCUCAGCACAGGCUCACCGAGGCUCAGAGGAAGGCCGACCAGGAGGCGGAGAAGAGACGUAACCUGGAGAAUGAAGUUUCAACGUUAAAGGAGCAGCUUGAAGACAUGAGGAAAAUCAGUCAGAACUCCCAGGCAUCAAAUGACAAGAUCGCUCAGCUACAAAACCAGCUGGAGGAGGCCAACGACCUCCUUCGGGCGGAGUCGGACACGGCGGCGCGUCUGAGGAAGAAUCAGUCCGAGAUGGCGAAGUCCAUGAGUCAGCUGGAGACCAUGAACAGAGAGCUGCAGGAGCGCGUGCGGGCGGCCGACGGAGACAAGGCCCAGAUGGAGAAGGAGGUCAUGGUCCUUCAGAGCUCGCUGGAGUCAGAGAGGAGGAACUACAGCCAGGGCUCCGAGGAGAUACACGAACUGCAAGCGCGGAUGGCCGGGCUUCUAGAGGACAACAAAAACUUGAAGCUCAGUUUGUCUAAAGUGGAAUCUGAACGCAAACACGCACAGGACAGGAGCAACCAUUUGGAAAAGGAGAUAACCAACCUGGAGAUCGACCUGAACUACAAACUGAAAACUUUGCAGCAGCGUUUGGAGCAGGAGCAGACGGAGCACAGGGUCACACGGGCCCAGCUCACAGACAAAUACGAGUCCAUCGAAGAGGCGAAGUCUGCAGCCAUGAGCGCUGUGCAGCAGAAGAUGUCUGAGGAGAACGGGGCGCGGAUGCGAGCGGAGAGCCGCGUGGUGGAGGUGGAGAAACAGUGCUCCAUGCUGGAGUUUGACCUGAAGCAGUCGGUCCAGAAGAUGGAGCAACUCAUGAAGCAGAAGGAACGUCUGGAAGAUGAGGUGAAGAGUGUGAGGACUCAGCUGGAGCAGGAGCUGAGCAAACGGAUCCAGGUCCAGAGUGAUUUAAAGAGCCGGACUCAGGAGCUGGACCGUCUGCGCUGUUCGGAGAAACAGAUGAAGCAGGACAUCAACACAGCCCUGGAGACAAAGAGAUCACUGGAGUUUCAGCUCGCACAGCUCACAAAGCAGUACAGAGGCAACGAGGGACAGAUGAGGGAACUUCAGGAUCAACUGGAAGCAGAACAGUAUUUUUCUACGCUUUACAAAACUCAGGUUAAGGAGCUGAAAGAAGAGAUAGACGAAAAGAAUCGGCAAGUUCAGGACGCUCACAAGAAGGUGCAGGACUUGUGCAGUGAAAGGGACUCUCUGUCGGCUCAGUUGGACUUGACCGUGACCAAAGCCGAGUCGGAGCAGUUGGCCCGAGCGCUGCAGGAGGAGCAGUACUUUGAGCUGAGCCAAGAAAGUAAGAAGGCCCUGACCAGACACAAGCAGGAGAUGAGCGAGAAGGACGCCACCAUCUCCAGGCUCGAGGAAUCAAAUAAAACUCUGACCAAAGAUGUGGAGAAUCUGAGUAAAGAGAAGGCGGAGCUCAGUGACAAGCUGCAGACUCAAGAGGAAGACUACACAGCACAGAAGGAAGAAAUCGCAAACACAAUCCGAGCUAACUACGAGAAAGUUCUCAACACUGAGCGCACACUCAAGACACAGGCAGUGAACAAACUGGCCGAGAUCAUGAACCGUAAAGACAUGAAGCUGGACCAGAAGAAGAAGGGCAGCACGGCCGACCUGAGGAAGAAAGAGAAAGAGAACAGGAAACUGCAGCUGGAGCUCAACCAGGAGAAGGAGAAGUUCAACCACAUGGCCAUCAAAUACCAGAAGGAGCUGAGUGAGAUGCAGGCCCAACUGGCAGAGGAGUGCACGUACCGUAACGAGCUGCAGAUGCAGUUGGACAGUAAAGAGAGCGACAUCGAGCAGCUUCGAGAGAAACUCAACGACCUCCAGCAGAGAAUGGACAACUCCAGUGUGACCAGUCUGCAGGCCGACGAGACGGACAGCAACAUCGCAGAAUCCAGACUGGAGGGUUGGCUGUCCAUUCCUAACCGCGCUAAUAUCAAACGCUACGGCUGGAAGAAACAGUAUGUGGUAGUAAGCAGCAAGAAAAUCCUGUUCUAUAAUGACGAGCAGGACAAGGAGCAGUCCAAUCCCUCCAUGGUACUAGAUAUAGAUAAAUUGUUCCAUGUCAGACCCGUGACACAAGGAGACGUGUACCGAGCGGAAACGGACGAGAUUCCCAGAAUAUUCCAGGUUGGAGUUUCAUAAAAAAAAAAAUAAAAAAAAGGU